CAUGGAACGAGCCUCGACAGUUUAAGAAAUAAGUGCAAAUGGUUUCCGGAAGAUUCAUUUAAUCACCACGCCAAUUAAUCCAACCUAAUACUUCCCAGAGCUACUGAAGGAAAAAGUGGCAAGAUAAAGCCUUCCACUGCGAGAGUCAUCAUCGAGGAUCCGGAGAAUUUCGACGAAACAAGAAGAGAAAUCCCGACUUCCACAAGGAUGUCCCUCCAAGACGUCAAAAACAUCCUUCUCGUCCUCUCCGGUAAAGGCGGCGUAGGGAAAUCCAGCGUGACAACCCAACUCGCCCUCAGCCUCUCCCUCCAAGGCAAAUCCGUCGGCGUGUUAGACGUCGACCUCACGGGGCCUUCCAUCCCGCGCUUCUUCGGGAUCGAAGCGGCCAAAGUCACACAGGCGCCCGGGGGAUGGCUACCGGUCAGCGUGCACGACACCAAUCCCCCCCCAACAACGACACAAGGAACCACCUCCAUCGGCCCGCUCAAAUGCAUGUCCCUCGGCUUCCUCCUCUCCAGCCGCGGCGACGCGGUGGUCUGGCGCGGCCCCAAGAAGACCGCCAUGAUCCGACAAUUCCUGACCGAUGUGCAAUGGGGAGCCCUCGAUUACCUGCUCAUCGACACGCCGCCCGGGACGAGCGAUGAGCACAUCUCGCUCGUGGAGACGCUCCUGCUCUCCUGCGGGCCGUCGCAGCUCUCCGGCGCGGUGGUCGUGACGACGCCGCAGGCGAUCAGCAUCUCCGACGUCAAGAAGGAGAUCAAUUUCUGCCGGAAGGUGGGCGUCGACGUCCUCGGCGUGGUCGAGAACCUGGCCGGGUUCGUGUGUCCGAACUGCGCCGAGUGCACGAACAUCUUCAGCAAGGGCGGGGGCGAGGUCAUGGCGCGGGAGUUCGGGGUGCCGUUCUUGGGCAGUGUCCCGAUUGAUCCGAUGUUCAUUCGCUUGAUCGAGGAGGGGCGAAGGCCGGUUUAUCCGGUGGGGACGGUGGUCGAGGGGAGGGAUCUUGCGAGAGAAAGUGAUGGAGAUGGGGAGCCAGGAGGAACGGAGGGGUUUUUGGUGGAGAAGUAUUUGGAUUGCUCGUUGGAGCCGAUUUUCAGGGGGUUCACGAAGGAGUUAAUCGGAGUUAUUGAGAGGUGAUCAACAGGAGGAUAACGAAGUGAUGAAGAAACCAUGGUGAUGUGUGUUGCCACCUUCCCAAAAAUAUCAUUGGAAUGAAGAGAAGAACGAGAUAUCACGAAAUUCACGAUCCAUAUAGAUACAGCAGAAAGAGACGCCGAACAACCGGCCAUAAUCUCACCAAACACAAUUCGCUC